AGCAUUUGUUUACUGCCGUGAAAGCGGCCGCUAGACGAGCAGAGUCCUUAGUAACGGGCCGCAGCGAGCGGCCCGAGCCUCCCUAGCGACGAUCCAGCAUGGCUGAGGACGGGGCUUCGGGUGACCACCUCCUGGCCGCGGACGUGGUCAAGGCGCUGGGCCGGCACCUGCGCGGCCUGCAGGAGCCCGACCGGGAUGCGCGGCUGCGGGCUCUGCGCGCCAUCCGGGCCGAGGUGCAGGAGCGGCCGCUCUCGGCCCUGGUGCUGCAGGAGGUCUUCGCCAAGCAGCUGCUGCGGCCGCUGGUGCGGUGCCUGGUGGGGGAUCCGGCCGAGCGCUGCCGGGAGCUGGCCGUCCAGCUCACCUGCCACGGCCUGCGUCACGGCGGCCGACCCGCUGAGGCCCUGUCCUGCUUGCUGCCGGCCCUGGCCCAGCGCCUCUGCUCGCCGCAGGGGCAAUCGCACGAGCCCUGCGAGGAGCUGCGCCUGGCCCUGAUCCAGCUCCUGAGCCUCCUGCUGGAGCUCUGCGAGGCCGCCCUGGCCCCCUACCUGCCCGAGAUCAUCCGCAUCCUGCAGGCCACCCUCCUCGACCCCUACCCCGAGGUCAAGCGUGAAAGCUGCAGGUGUGCGGCCGCCAGCGCCAGGGCUAUGCCAGAACACUUUCAUAUGCAGUCAGAAUUUUUGAUAAAACCCUUAAUGCAAACAGUUUCACACCAGCACUUCCGAGUCCGUGUUGCUGUGAUUCAGGCCACAGGAACGGUGAUACAGUUUGGCAACGGAAGGUCUGUAGAUGAUGUUCUCUCUCAUCUGGCCCAGCGACUUUUUGAUGAGAUUCCUCAGGUUCGGCGAGCUGUUACUAGUGUUGUUGGAGAAUGGCUAUUGCACCUGCGGGAUAGAUAUUCUUACUUUCACAAGUUGAUUCCUUUAUUACUCAGCAGCUUUACUGAUGAAAUGUCUGAGAACAAGCAACUGGCUGUGAGCUAUUGGGAGAGGAUAGGCUUGCAGUGGGAAAAAGAGAAUGAAGAAGACCUUAAGGAUAAGCUUGACUUUUAUUCAGCACCAUCUCAUUAUCCUGAAGGAGUGGUUCGACCAGAAUUGGGAUGUCGGGAGCUUGUUACAAGAAACCUCUCCAAAAUUCUUCCAGGUCUCUGUCACGAUGUAACAGACUGGGUUGAAGGCACCAGAAUAAAAGCAUCUCAGCUUCUGUUUAUAUUGUUGCUACAUGCAGAGGAUCACAUUACACAGCAUAUGGAGCUACUGCUUAGAACUUUGUACCGAGUAUGCUUAGAUGAAGAGAAUAAUGUGGUUAGAAAUUGUGUGAAAGCAGCAGAGUUGAUUGGAACAUUUGUUAGCCCUAAGGUAUCUCUGAAGUUACUGAUGUCAGCCCUUGAAAAAACACCUAUGCCUUCUUAUCUCAUGAUUCUAGCUGCAGUGAUACGAGGUUGCCCAAGACAAGUCUUAAAGCCUCAUUUGUCUUAUCUUGCCAACACACUCUCACAACCUGAGAUCUGUCAGCGAUCUGAAGAGAACUUUUAUAUGGAACAAUUGCUUUGUUGCGUACAAGCGAUAACUGAAGUGUGCCAAGAAGACUGCAAAGAAAUUAGCCUGCAGCUAAUGAAAGUUUUGGUGACAAUAAUGGCAAUACCACGCAUCGAACAUCUUCAUGAAAAGGUAGAGGCAUCAAUGUGUUCAUUAGCUCAGGUGCAACAUUUGAGUGGUUUUCUUGAUCUCUAUAAACAACAUAUAGAUCAGCUUAUGGAAUGGGUAUCUGUAUCGCAUGAUCGCUGGAACUGCUAUUCUCCAGAAGUAUUCCAGUUAGAUGUCAUUGCCAAUCAUUCAGGUCCUAUAAUAGGUGAAGCCCUUCAAGAUUUCAUUCUCAUCCUUAAGACGUGUCUUCAGCCAACCAAAGACCCACUAAUGCGCUUAAAGAUUUUCACUAUUUUAUCACAGUUGCUCCAGAAAGCAAAUGAGACCAUCAACUCUCAGGGGCAGUUUCUUAGCUACCUUGAGAUCGUGAUAAAAGACAUAUUGGCUCCUAAUCUGCAGUGGCAUGCUGGAAGAACAGCAGCUGCCAUCCGCACUACAGCUGUAUCAUGCCUUUGGGCUCUUAUUUACAGUGAAAUGCUUUCAUCAAAAGAGAUUUUUAAACUAGAAGAUGCACUGAUGCCUCAGGUAAUCGCCACAUUGGAUGAAGAUUCUAAAAUGACUCGAUUAAUGGCUUGUCGCAUUGUCAGUGUUAUUUUAAAUAUCUGUGGGAAGCAGUUUGAUCUAGAUAAACUCAACAACAUUUAUCCUGAACUCUUAAAGCGGCUGGAUGAUGCUGCACACGAUGUACGACUGGCAGCUGCUCAAGCCUUAACUAACUGGUUUAAAUGUAUAAGAAAUGAUGAUGAAAAAACUGUACUUAAAAGUAAUAUUGAGUUUCUUUACCGAGAACUGUUGAUUCAUCUGGAUGACCCUGACCAAAACAUCCAACGGGCAGUCUUAGAAGUUUUAAAAGAAGGAAGUGUUUUAUAUCCAGAAUUACUGGUGACAGAAAUAGAAGCAGUUGAACAUAAGCAUCGAACUCCAGCGUACUGUAAUCAGCUACUACAGCACGUUCAGUCAAGCGGGGAGUAGAAUUUCUGAAUCAGGAGUGGCAACGUUGUCUCUAAAGAGCCUUGUUUGAACUUUAUAUGAACUGGAAUUGUCUCAUUUUCAACUCUACAAUUAAAAUAAGUUGAGCAAUAGAUGUGUGGCUCCUUUGCAAAUAGUGUCUUCUUUAAAAGUGAAAUCAACACAGUCUGACCGCUUGCAUUGCAAUUUCAACAGGACUGUGCAUACUUACAAUUAGUCAUACAAAACAGAAUGUUUUAAUUGAAUUCAUUCCUUAUUGAAAGUAUUUGGGCUGGGGCAAGAAUGCUCUUUGUGAAUUUAUCCAUCAAUAUUUAUUGUUGAGAAAGCUAACUUAUUUUACAAACUAACCUCUGUGUAAUGUACCCUCAGGCCUAAAAUUGUAUUAGUGAAGCUCAUGUAGGCCUCAAUCCUGCAAGCUGCUGAGUACCUCAAGCUCUGGGAAUUGCUCAACACCUUGCACAGCAUCAAGCCCUGCCAUUGCUACCCAUGCUCAAUUUAAAUUGCAUCAAGCAACAGAAUUUUUACACCAUUUUGUGUACUGAUGCUCUUAAAGUACUGGAUUAGUUAAAAGCAGAGCAGCUGACCCAGCAAACACCGCAGAGUGACAAGCUUAUUUCUUAGAGCAGCGCUAUUCAAAUUAAAGGUAUAUUAGUCACAUAAGCAUCAUACUUGACAGCAUUUGCAGAAUAGGACCCUUAGUUUGUUGUAACUAGCAUUCUCCGUUGUAACUAGCAUCACAUUUUGCAAUUUUUAAAAUAAAACCAUUAACCCAGAGGGGAAAAAGUUUAUUUUUCCACAGUACUUGUAAAUUGAGUGAAUCUCUUGCAGUAUAUAAAAUGAGCCUAUACUAUUCUGAGCACAUAUGUCUUUUAAAAAAUGCUUCGUAUUGUCACGGUAUUGCACUGUCUGAAUAGAGAAGAAUUUAAUGAGAAUAUAUUUAGAAAUAUAAGAUAAGGAAUUAAGGAUUUUACAGGACAUUAAAAACAAUGCUCUUUUGUUACAAAAAUAUACUUAGAUCAAUAAUAUUUUUAUUUUUGUACUCAUUAAUUACAUGGCAUCUGUAUUUUUUAUUGUUUACACUGUAGUGCCUUAAACGAACAAGAAUUUUGUCUUUGGGUAUCGUGUUGAAUCUGAUUUCAGGUAACCGGUUUGGGGUUUUUUUUAAGAUUUUUUUUUUUAGUGUAUACUGUAUGGUUUCUUUCUGUAUGUUGAGCUGUAUAAUUAAAAACUAUAUUUACAGUG